AUGUAUGGUCAGCAUCAUCAUCAGUAUGCAAACAACAAGUUUUCUAAUAAUGAUGCAUCAAAUAGAAAGAAUAAUGGGUUUCAUCAUCAUCAGCAACAACAUCAUGUAUUGAUGGAACCUUCGAUAUGUUUGGAACCCUUCUCCAAUACGAAUGAAUUAUUCCCACUCCAUAACAACAAGGUGAAGAUAUCUUCUCCCAACAAUAGAAGAAAACCUUACUGUUCAUGUACAAAUGAUGUUUGUUCUUCAACUUCUUCACUUGCUCAUCAUCAAUUAUAUUUAAAUAAUGAUUCACUUCCAAGACAACAAAUAACAUUCAAACAGCAUCACCUUCAUCACCAACAUCUUAAAGAGGCAUUAUCGUCCGAAUUAAAGAACAAUGUACAAAAUAAUCAAGACAAUGAACAUCAUACUGAGAUGCAAUACAAAACAAUGAUCGAAAAAAAGACUAGAAAUGGGUCUCUUGAUUUGUUUGGUGAAAUUGAAUCAAGCGAAUCAAAUUUAAAAAGGAAAUGUGCAAGGCCAAUAUCACCAUGUAAAAAACAACGUGAAGAUCAAUUGGAAACAGAUGAUGAUAAUUUGUUGUUGGCUGAAAGGGGAACUCUUAAAUUGCCAAAUACGAGGUCAGGUGCUAAUGCUACUAUUUUACAUGUGGUUCCACUGCUUACAUGUUGUAGUGAAAAUGGUGCAUUAAGUUCACCUACAACAUUGCAAACAUCAACGAGUACGGAUGAGCAAAUAGUUAUCACAUCCAUGAUGGAUGCAUCCAUGCUGCAGCCUAAUAAUAAUGGAUCGCAUUCUGUAAAUAAUCAUAGUUGUAGUUCGACUGAAUCAUCAAAUUUUUCACAUGAAGAUGAGGAAGAUGAUGAAGCACUGGAAAGGUCAUUAACAAACUCAUCUCUUACAACGACAUGUAAGAAAAAUCCAUCAUUUGAGAAUGUUGAAUUUGUAACACCAAAGAGAAAAUCAAAUCGUGGAAGAAAACCAAAACCAAAGAAGGUGAAUGUGAGCGAAGGACCAUGGACUGAGGAAGAACAUGAUCUCUUCAUGUUGGGAUAUGAGGAAUGUGGAAAGAAUUGGUCAAAGAUUGCUGAUGAAUAUGUGCCUUCGAGAUCGAGAACUCAAAUUGCUAGUCAUGCACAGAAAUACUUUCGUAAACAACGGAAUAAAAAGCAAUGA